AUGCCGUGGCCGUGGGACAGUAGGGCGGCCCUGGUGGACGCGCGGUUCUGCGCACGCCACACGACGACGUUAACGGUGACCAGAUCGAGCUCCUUGCGGCGCCACGGGUUCGACGUCACGGACGCUGCAGGUGGAGACCUCCUACUUCGGCCACUACCGGGACCUGCGCUCUUGCUAGGGGCCGCCUCGCGACACCCCUUGCUCUUCGUCGAGGAGUCCACGUCCCUGAUCGGCAUGGGCCGUUGGGAGGCGUUCAGGGGGCGGUGCGCGAGGCAGACGGACCGCCUCUUCCUCGCCGUGGACAAGGCGUCGUUUUUCCAGGUGACGACCAACGUCCACGUGUUCCUCGACGGCAGGUCUUCAGGCGAGGGGGCGCCCGACAUGGCUGUCCACGGCAGCUACUACCACGGCGCGAUGACCGUCUCCUGCGGCGGCGCCGCCGUUGCGCAGAUCGACAGGAAGAAGAACACCUUUUGGGGCGCGCUGUGUGGAGAGCGCGCGUACAACGUGAGGGUCAACCCGGGCGUCGACCAAGCGUUCGUCGUGGCACUCACCGUGGUUCUCGACCAGAUGCAUAAUCCUGAUUAUGAUUCACGCAGCUCUUCAAGUGGACAUAAAAAAUAA